AUGAAUAACAACGAAACAAGAGUUCUCGUCACUGGUGCCUCCGGGUUCAUCGGAACACACUGUGUUGAAAUCCUAUUGAAAAAUGGGUACCGCGUUCGAGGAACUGUUCGCGAUUUGAACAAUAAAUCGAAGGUUGACCCAGUUAAAAAACUGGACAAGAAUGGCAAACUCGAAUUGGUUGUGGCCGAUUUAUUGAAUGAGAACUGCUGGAAUAAUGCUGUUUCGGGAUGCGAUUAUGUUAUGCACGUUGCCUCGCCAUUCCCAAUUGUUUCCGAUGAGCGUUGCAUAAAAACGGCCGUCGAGGGUACACUGAACGUUCUCCGCGCAGUCGCCGCUGAUGGCAAUGUUCGCAAAGUUGUUUUGACUAGCAGUUGUGCGGCGGUGAAUGAGGGACAUCCGCAAGAUCGCGUUUUUGACGAAAAUGACUGGUCCAAUCUCGACAGCAAAUAUAUUGAUUGCUAUAUUAAAAGCAAAACCAUGGCUGAAAAAGCGGCUUGGGAUUUCCUCGAUCAACUUCCUGAUGAUAAGAAAUUCGCUCUGACUGUCAUCAAUCCGACCCUCGUUUUUGGACCAGCCUACAUCACCGAACAAGGCGCGAGUAUUUCGCUGAUGCGUCGUUUCAUGAAUGGCCAAAUGCCAGCUGCUCCGCCAUUGAACAUGGCUGUCGUUGAUGUGCGUGAUGUUGCGCUCGCGCAUUUUGAAGCGAUGAAGCGGCCUGAAUCUGACGGCGAACGCAUUCUAGUCACGAACACGCCAUCCAUGUGGUUUUCGGACAUCGCUCAAGUGCUUCGUAAGGAGUUCAGAGGAAAAGGCUAUUGGAUUCCAAGGUUCACUGCUCCAUACUUUGCCGUCUGGCUUUUCUCAUUCAUUGACGCUGAAUCAAAAACAGCUCUCCCCAGAUUAUGCCAAGAAGUGAAAUUUAGCAAUGAAAAGGCACGCCGUCUCCUUGGAAUCGAGUUUCGAGAUAGUUCUCAAGCUCUCAUCGACAUGGCUCAUUCUCUGAUUGAACUUGGUGUGAUUCCGCGCAAAUAA